GCCUAGUAGGAAGGGGGCCCGGAGCGUCACCUAGGAAACUAGGUCCUAUGGCCCCGCUGCGGCCUGUGCCAGGAAGGAAGGGACGUGCCUGAGCUUGAGAGUGACCCAUGGGCUUCCUCUUCGUCUCCAGGGAGAGGCCGGCUCCGGCCAAAGGGCCCUCCCAACAGAGGGAACUCUCUGGUCCGGCCUCAAACUCCUAAGUCAGCGGCUCGGGGACUUCCACAACGAACGUGGAGCCCGUGACAAAGCAACAGGGAACGGGCUGCGGGGCUCCUACCUGCGGCCUAGCGCCUCAGAGACGGAGCCGGAACGACUGCUACUACAGCUACUAGGGCCGGACGAGACCCUACCGGGCCACUAACUCUACGGCCAGCAACAGUCGACCUUUCUCGCUGACCCUGGCGCUAUGACUUCUGGGACAUAGAGUCCACGCCGAUCUCUUAGAGAAGGAGGAGAUCUUUUGGGAACUACGAAUCCCAGCAGGCACCGCAAGAUCACGGGCCGUAGGCUUCUCAGCCCCAAUGACGCUUACACUUCCGGUAGACGGCAGAAGCUGGGGGGAGGGAGUUCCGGUGGGUUCGUGGCGACCCAGUGAGGGAAUAGAGGCGCUGUUGUGGCCUCUCUAGCCGGAAGAAGUACGGCAUCUAUGGUUGGCCUGCCCGAGCGGCGGUUUCAUGGCGGCCGUGGAGGUGGUGGUGACGGCUGCUUCCCAGGCCUGAGGGGCGCUUACAUUGUACUGGUGGGAAGUAAGAUCUAGGCAGCUAAGUCAGUACACAAUUUGUACAAGCUUGUGAUUCCUAAAGGUUGUUGUGGAGCAGCUGCCUCCUAGCCUACAUUUUGGAGGAUGUAGGGAUACUUCAGUAGAUCAUCAGAAGAGCUACAGACUGCCUCUGCAGGAUGGAUGAAAAUAGUGUGGAAGCUUCCAUCCAGACCUACCAUGUCCAACUGCAGCAAGUGGAGCUGGCCCUGGGGACCGGCUUGGACCCUACUGAAAAAGCUGACUUGCUUCAGCUCCAGGCUGACUUAAAGCAGCUCAUUGAGCUAACUGAGUCCAGUCUUGUGUCCAUCAAGAAGAGCAAGCUCCUGGCCACGCUGGACCCAAGCCUCGGCCUAAUUGAGAGUGCAGUGAGGGAUGAAGCGGAGUAUUUAGCUUUCCAGAAUGCCAUUCGUGAAGUGACAGGAGAUUCCGAGACUCAAGGUGCAGAAACUGCAACCUCUCCUGAAAGAGGAGAAACUGAGCCUGACACAUCUGGGCGUGAAGAGGAAGAGGAGGAAGAGUUGAGUGGGAUGAAGGUGAAUGCUCCCUACUACAGUUCGUGGGGCACUCUGGAAUACCAUAAUGCCAUGAUUGUGGGGACAGAGCAUUCAGAGGAUGGCACAGCAGGGGUUCGUGUGCUCUAUCUCUACCCGACUCACAAGUCCCUAAAGCCCUGUCCCUUCUUCCUGGAGGGAAAGUGCCGAUUCAAAGAGAACUGCAGGUUCUCCCAUGGGCAAGUAGUUGCUGUGGAUGAGCUUCGCCCCUUCCAGGAGCCAGACCUGAGUGCCCUGCACACAGGCUCAGCCUGUCUGGCUAAGUAUGAUGAUGGAAUUUGGUAUCCAGCCCGGAUCACAGAUGUGGACAGUGGCUACUACACAGUCAAGUUUGACUCACUGCUUCUCAAAGAGACUGUGGUGGAGGGGGAUGGUAUUAUGCCUCCUCUACGAAGUGAAGACGGCACAGCUUCGGAGUCUGACGGAGAUGAUGUGGAUGAUUCCAGCUAUGCCAAAGUUGUGGAGUCAGAUGCCUUGGAAAAAGGGACUUGGGGCCCUGCUUGCAGCUCCUCAUUUGCUGGCUGGGAGGCACAUACCCGAGGCAUUGGUUCUAAACUUCUUGCUCAGAUGGGCUAUGAGUUUGGCAAAGGUCUUGGAAAGAAUGCUGAGGGCCGGGUAGAGCCCAUCCAUGCUGUGGUGCUUCCAAAGGGGAAGUCCCUAGAUCAGUGUGCUGAAAUUCUCCAGAAGAGAACAAGCAGCAAACCAGACCUUGGCAAGCCAAGGAAAAGCCAGGCAAAGGGGAAUGGAGUCAAGGGACGCCCACCCCAACGCAAUGUAUUUGAUUUCCUAAAUGAGAAACUCCAAGGCAAGGUUCCUAGGGUCCAAGAAGAAGGGAAGGUCCCAUCCCUUAAGAGGAGUAGCAAGGAGCUCUACCAUGCCAGCAAGAGUACCAAGCGAUCCUUAAGUGUACAGCUCUUCCAGAUCUUGGAAAAGGUGGAGCAAACUCAGAGGGACAUCCGAAGUAUACAGGAAGCCCUGGCCCGGAACAUUGGCAGGCAUAGCGUGGCCACAGCCCAGCUGGAGGAGAAGUUGGCUGGAGCCCAGAAGGAGCUGAAGAAUCUCCGGGCCCAGGAGGCAGGUUUGCAGCGAGAACAGAAGACUGCUGACACACACAAGAAAAUGACAGAGUUUUAGUGCUGAAACGGGAGUUCUUUCCUGUCUCCUGAGUCCAUCCUUCCCCCUUUCUCUUCCACCCCACCCCCCAUCCCCACAGUGGGUGUGGCCCAGGCUAGAAAGCCCAAGUUUCCUCCAUUCUCCUUCUCUACUCCUAGCCCCUGGGUACUUGAGGGGGCAGACCCCACUAGGGAUACCUGUUGCCAUCCUUAGUGAGCUCUGCUUCGGCCUCACUGACUGGAGACCCGUUCUUUUGGGCCACAGGUAUGGCAAUUAAGGGAUGGGGUUUAGGACUAGUUGGAGGCUCCCAGGGAAUGGUCUGGCUAGAGCUAUAGUUUCUGCCUCCUAAGCUACCAGACUUGGGGACCUGGAUUGUACCUGCUUUAGACAGACCCAGGAAAUUAUAAUGAAUUAUCUUUUCCCACACUCCCCCAGAGCCAGACUCCCUCCCACCCUCACCCAUCAGCCAGUUUGUGGCCUCCACUCUACAGGAGGGUAAAGCCUGAGGCAUGUUAGGAAGGUCAGGUGUCACCCCCCCUCCCAAAACACCCGUGAAAGCAGAUGGAACAGGAGAGGAGGCCCAGAGGAGCAGGGCCUGCAGACCAAGGUCUCCUUUACUUUCCUGGUGACCCCAGGCCUGUCCAAACACAGACUGAGCAGUGUUGAUGGCGCUGUGUCUUGGGGCAGCCUCUUCUUGGGAGGGGGGAACGCUUUUCUCAACACUUGUUUUCCAGUUUGUUCUGCCACAAGGCCUUAGGAAGGAGUUUUUCUUAAACAAAAUGAUUAAAGUGAUGUUGAUGUGUCAUUAA